GCCACCUCAGCAGCAGCAGCAGAGGGGCAGACAACAGGCCCGAGUUUACGCAGUCGAUCAGGCAGAGGCCGAACAGCAGCCAGGUACUAUGUCAGGGAUGAUCAUGUUAAAUAAUGUUCCUGUUUUUGCUUUGUUCGAUACUGGAGCGACACAUUCUUUCAUUUCACGACGAUGUCUUGAUUCCAUCGGAGUUCAUGCCGUUAUCGUUGUCGAUCCUCUCGAGGUGAGUUUAGCCUCGGGACGAAAGAUAGUGACCUCAACUAAAGCUUCAGAUCUUAGCCUUUUUAUUGGUGGCCGAGUAUUGUCUACCGACGCGUUUGUUCUCGAGAUGAAGGACUUCGACCUGAUUCUCGGAAUGGAUUGGCUAUUCUUUUAUCACGCAGAUAUCAGAUGUCAUGACCGGGAGAUUACUCUCUAUCUUCCGGGAGAUGAAUCGAUCACUUUCUUUGGCUCCAAGAAUCGUUCUUUACCUCAU